AUAAACUUAAAAACAUCUUCCAGCUUCUCCCUUCUCCCUUGAAGUUCACAAUAAUCCUGUAAGGUAGAUUAAUCUUAAGAGCAUGGGAGAUCCAGUGGCUUCAAUGUUCUGUCUCCCACAUGAAAUUUCCCCUUGUCAUCACUAGGGAAGAAAAUAUUUUCUGAUUUGAGAAAAUACGCAAAAUGCUUUUUAUUUUUGUAUGUGAUCACUGAUAUCGCUCCCUCAUUGUAUACGGUAUGAUGUGCAUCAGUUUAAGAGCAGGCAGACAGCAAAAAUGCAGGGAUCAGGGCAAGAAGGAUAAAACUGAUAGUUAGCCAGUGUUUCUGGUCAUUUCUAACAUCGUUUUCUACCGGAAUGACGAUAAAUAUCCAGACUUAUGUCAUAUUGCAAGGAUCCCCUGGCAAAAUGGCGGAAUGUUCAGCCCUUCAGUUUGUCAGUCCUUACGCCUUUGAAGCCAUGCAGAAGGUGGAUGUGGUGCGUUUAGCGGCGCUGAGCGACCCAGAGCUCCGGCUAUUGCUGCCUUGCUUGGUGCGGAUGGCCUUGUGCGCGCCAGCCGACCAGAGCCAGAGUUGGGCCCAGGAUAAGAAACUCAUCCUCCGCCUGCUUUCGGGGGUCGAAGCCGUCAACUCCAUUGUAGCUUUGCUCUCUGUGGAUUUUCACGCUUUGGAACAGGAUGCGAACAAAGAGCAGCAGCUGAGACAUAAGCUCGGCGGAGGCAGCGGGGAGAGCAUUUUGGUGUCCCAGCUGCAGCACGGCCUGACUUUGGAGUUUGAACACAGCGAUUCCCCCCGGAGGCUCCGCCUUGUGCUGAGCGAGCUGCUGGCAAUUAUGAAUAAGGUAGCCGACUCCACCGGUGAAUUUUUUUUCAAACACUCUGAAACUCUUGUGUGUUCAGAACUUCCUUCACUGUUGCCUAUUGUCGAUGUGGCUGAAGCUUUGCUCCACAUGAAGAAUGGAGCUUGGUUCCUCUGCCUUUUAGUAGCCAACGUCCCGGACAGUUUUAAUGAAGUAUGCAGGGGCUUGAUUAAGAAUGGCGAGAGGCAAGAUGAGGAGAGUUUUGGAGGCCGCCGCAGAACCGACGCGCUGCGUCACCUUUGCAAAAUGAACCCUUCCCAGGCGCUGAGGGUUCGAGGUAUGGUGGUGGAGGAAUGUCACUUACCAGGACUUGGUGUGGCUUUGACUUUGGAUCACACCAAGAAUGAGUUUUCCGAGGAUGGCGUCAGUGACCUGGUCUGUUUUGUGAGUGGCUUGUUGCUUGGAACGAACGCCAAAGUUCGGACGUGGUUUGGAACAUUUAUCCGGAACGGUCAACAGCGCAAACGGGAGAACAUCAGCUCUGUGCUUUGGCAGAUGAGGAGGCAGCUGCUGCUCGAACUGAUGGAGAUUCUGCCCACCGUCCGGAGUUUGCACAUCCCUGAGGAGGCCGAGCCAGACAUGGAACCCAACAUCUCGGUCUAUUCUGGGCUGAAGGAGGAACAUGUCAUCAAAGCCAGCGCCCUCCUGCGCCUCUACUGUGCUCUGAUGGGCAUCGCCGGCUUAAAGCCGACCGACGAAGAAGCAGAACAACUACUUCAGCUCAUGACUAGUCGCCCACCGGCCACUCCGGCGGGAGUCCGCUUUGUGUCGCUCUCUUUCUGCAUGCUGCUUGCUUUCUCCACGCUGGUCAGUACCCCAGAACAGGAGCAGCUGAUGGUGAUGUGGUUGAGCUGGAUGAUCAAGGAAGAAGCUUAUUUUGAAAGCACUUCUGGAGUUUCCGCUUCCUUUGGUGAGAUGCUGUUAUUGGUCGCCAUGUAUUUCCAUAGCAACCAGCUCAGCGCUAUCAUUGAAUUGGUGUGCUCUACUUUGGGAAUGAAGAUCGUCAUCAAGCCCAGUUCUCUGAGUCGUAUGAAAACCAUCUUCACCCAGGAGAUUUUCACCGAACAGGUGGUGACCGCUCAUGCGGUGCGCGUGGCCGUUACGAGCAACCUGAGCGCAAACAUCACUGGCUUCCUGCCCAUCCAUUGCAUUUACCAGCUUCUCAGGAGCCGUUCGUUCACCAAGCACAAAGUCUCCAUCAAGGACUGGAUUUACAGACAACUGUGUGAGACGACAACACCCCUCCACCCUCAGUUGCUCCCACUCAUCGAUGUGUAUAUCAACUCUGUUCUGACCCCUGCCUCUAAAUCCAACCCAGAAGCUACCAACCAACCCAUCACGGAGCAGGAAAUCUUGAAUGUUUUCAAAGGACUGACCGGGGGAGGAGAGGCUGCUCGGCUGAAUCCCCGUUAUGGAAUCACAGCCCAGCUGUUGGUCCUGUACUACAUCCUAUCUUAUGAAGAAGCCAUCCUGGCCAGUUCAAAGUCUUUGGCUGCCAUGCAGAAGAAGCCCAAGUCUUAUUCUCCCGCGCUGAUGGAUCAGAUCCCGAUUAAAUUCCUCAUCCGGCAGGCUCAAGGACUGCAGCAAGAAUUGGGAGGAUUGCACUCUGCCUUGCUGCGCCUCCUGGCAACCAAUUAUCCCCACCUUUGCAUCGUGGAUGACUGGAUCUGUGAGGAGCACAUCACGGGCACCGACGUUUUGCUGCGCAAGAUGCUUCUGACCAAUGCUGCCAAGAAACACUCCCCGGAGCAACUACAGGAAGCUUUCUCAGCACUGCAAGGAAAUCACACUCAGGUCCUGCAGAUUUUGGAGCACCUAACGCUCCUCUCGGCUGCCGAAUUGAUUCCUUACGCUGAGGUGUUGACAUCCAACAUGCACCAGCUGUUCCAUCCCGGAGUCCCUCGGCGGAUCCUCCAGACGGUCAACAGGAUUUGGAUGGCGUUGAAUAUGGUCAUGCCACGAAGGUUGUGGGUAAUGACAGUGAAUGCCCUGCAGCCAUCAGGCAAAACGGUCAGACAGCAGAAGUACACCCAGAAAGACCUUCUCAUUGAUCCCCUGAUUGUGUUAAGGUGUGAUCCGAGGGUUCACAGGUGUCCUCCUCUGAUGGAUAUCACCCUGCAUAUGCUGAAUGGCUACCUGCUGGCUUCAAAAGCCUACCUGAGCGCCCACCUCAAAGAAACGGCCGAUCAGGAUGUCAAGCCUUUGCAAAACAACGUAACGGGCCUGGAAGGCCCUGAAGUGACACGGGAAGAACUGAAAAACGCAUUGCUAGCAGCCCAGGAUAGUGCCGCAGUGCAGAUCCUUCUGGAGAUCUGCUUGCCUUUGGAAGAAGAAAGCCCUCCGGGCAGGAAGUCCAGCAGACUGUUAAAGAACCAGCCAGGAAGUGCCAUACGCAAUCCUCCAAACAAGCAGGUCACAGAGGAAGAGGAAGAGGAGAAGGAAGGAAGAGACGGGGAGGAAGUAGAAGACAGCCUUCUCUGCAGCUUGAGGGAAGUCCAGUGCCUGGUUUGCUGUCUUGUACACCAGAUGUUCAUCGCCGACCCCAACAUUGCUAAGCUGGUUCACUUCCAGGGCUACCCUUGUGAGCUGCUUCCCCUAACUGUGGCUGGCAUCCCCUCAAUGCAUAUCUGCCUGGACUUCAUCCCCGAACUGAUUGCUCAGCCUGAACUGGAGAAACAGAUAUUUGCUAUCCAGUUGCUUUCUUACUUGUGCAUUCAGUAUGCGCUACCCAAGUCUCUGAGCGUGGCACGUUUGGCCAUCAAUGUCAUGGGGACCCUGCUGACAGUUCUCACCGAGGCCAAGCGUUACACGUUUUUUAUGCCUACCCUGCCCUGCUUGGUCUCAUUCUGCCAAGCCUUUCCUCCCCUGUACGAAGACAUCAUGUCUCUGCUCAUCCAGGUUGGACAAGUUUGUGCUUCCGACGUUGCCACAGAAACAAGGGAUUUUGAUCCGAUUAUUACACGCCUCCAGCAGCUGAAGGAAAAGCCUACGGAGCAGACGAGACUUCCUACGACUCACAAAACCGGAGGAGGGACCCCUAGCGCAGACCCCAACGUCCAACUCUGUCACUGCAUUGAAAACACCUUCGUUGAAAUCAUUAACAUGAGCGUCGGGGCCGUUUAAAGACACCCGGAUGGGUCGGUCGGGCUAUCUCAAAAUCGCAGGAUGUACGUGGAUUUUUUGCCGAAGUAAAAAACCGAGGAUUGUCUGGAACAUUUUUCACCGCUGCGGCAUUAACCACAAGUCAACAACUGCUGCUUUCGGAGAAAGCAUCUCUAGACUGGGGUGAUUAAGAUCUGUUCUCUUCAGACAAGCCAUCCUGGCUGGAGAUUCCGAGAAGAGGAGCAUGGGAUCAAGAGCAGGGAAAGCUGCUCCGGGGUUACCCUUUUCCUGCUGCCAGGUGGUUCUAGGUUUCCUUGCAUUUCAGAGAGGAGGCCGUACAAACAAUGAUUGCCAAUGUGUCGUGUAACAUCAUUUGGAGAACUGGAUUCCCCUUUUGUAAAAAAUAGUAAUAGUUUUAUAUUUCUUCAACUGGCUCCACCAUAUCUUGGAUUAAAGCUGAAGAGGUUAAGUUUUAGAUAGAACCUUAAUCUGUGGGAAUGACUUCAUAAAGAGUUGUGGGACUAUGAAUUCAAUUCAGUUCAAACCUUAAUUGUCAUAGUACAACAUGUGUACAAUGAGAUUGGCUGAGCCUCCCUUCGUGCACACACACCCCCAAACACAAUACAACUCGCAGUGAAAGACAAAAAUCAAGCUUCCCCUCUUAUCUUCCCAGCAAGCAUUCAAAGGAAGCUGAUAAAAAGGAAGAAGGUGGAAGGGAGAGGGAGGGAGAGAGAGAGAGAGAAAUCCAUUGGCUGUGCCAAUUUGAGGAAAAUAUCUACUUUCUAUCCCGUUACGGGUAGUCCUUGACUUACGACAACAAUUGAGCCCAAAUGCCCAUUGCUAAGCAAGAUGGUUGUUAAGUAAGUUUUGCCCCCUUUACGACAUUUCUAGUUGUUAAGUGAAUCACUGCAGUUAAGUUAGUAACCUGGUUGCCGAGUGAAUCUGGCUCCCCCCAUUGACUUCGCUUGUCCGAAGGUCGCAAAAGGGGAUCAUGUAAACCUGAGGACACUUGCAACUGUCAAAAAUAUGAGUCCGUUGCCAUGAGCUGACUUUUUAUCUGUCACCAUGGGGAUGCUGCAAUGGUCAUGAGGUUGAAAAAAUGGCCACAAGUCACUUUUUUCAGUGCUGUUGUAACUCUGAACGGUCAUUCAGCAAACGGUUGUAAGUCAAGGACUACUUAUACUUGCAUUGGUGGUCACAAAAUUUGGAAUGGUGAAUCGGGAAGGACGGAACUAAAGAUGCCAGGGGGAUUUAGUGCAAUUCAGUUGUUUUGACGCCUUGUCUUGCUUUAAGCUUUUAAGCUAUACGAAGAGACAGAACGUAAUAAAUCCAUGUUUGUUCUUGCUAAGUAGGAAAAGGUUUAUAAACCCCCUUUGAAAAUUGGGAGGGAGGGGCAGGGUCAGCUGCCGAGCCAAACGGGUGUGAGAAACUGCACUCCAUGGAACCACAGCCACUUCCAGUUGUCUAGUAAGCUCCUCAGAGCCAUAGGUGCCUUGGAGGGGGACCGGAAGAGUGAGGUGUCCUGACAGCCGAAUCUUGGAUGGCGGUCCAGGUUGGAAAGGCAGGAGAAGCCCCGGAGAGAUCUAAUGGUGGUGAAAACGGCCUGCAAUGGCAGCUGUGAAGAGCAGACAGCUGGACGAGACUAGUGACAAACUAGCGGGACAACGGAAUGAUAAAUCCUGGUGAUAAUUGAUUCUGACAACUUUAUGUGAGUGAUCGUGGGAGAAGAGCCUCUUAGACCUUUUGGUGACGGAUUAAAGAAGAAACAGCCCUAGGCGGAAGGAGGGUGGAAAGUAUUCCCCCCUUCGUGAUAAAAAGCGGCCGAAGGAAAGUGUGAGCCAAAAAAAGGGAGAACUGUACAAUUAAAGAAUGUGAUUAUUUAAAUAAAUCAAGGAAAGAUUGGCAUGAAACUCCAGAAGACACAAAAGUAGACUGUCAUAAUUUUGAAAAGUAAAAAGAGCUGACUAAGCUGUGGGAGUUGACAGUUUGAAUAGAGAUAGUGUUUUGACCAGCACGUUAAAAGUGAGUGGACGAAAUAAAUGAGAAGCUAAUGCAAGCCAAUAAAGAACUGGAAACAACCGUUAUAUUUGUCGAAUCAGAAAAGGCAGCACAUGAUUUAUGCUUCCAAAAUAUAAGAGAAGAAAAAGGGGGAGAUUUACCAGAGAUGAUGGCAGAAAUAUUGGCGAAAGCUCUUGGAAUUGGAAAAGAAGAAAUGUUAAUUGAAAUGGACGAAAUUUAUGGAAUCCAUACUAAUUACGCUAGGCGACACAAUCUACCGAAAGAGAUUCAUAUUAGAUUUGUUAAAAAGUCAAUCCGAGAUGAAAUUCUCCACAGAACUAGAGAUGACCCUAUCAAACAUAGAGGAAGACAACUGGUGGUGCUAAAGCAAGUACUGAGGAGAGUGAGAGAGUUAAGACCAUAUCAGUUCUUGACUUCAAAACUGACUAGACAUAAUAUUAAUUUUAGGUGGUUGACAACCAGAGGAGAGAAUGAUUUCAUGGCAGGAAAAAAGAUUUAGAAUAGAUACCAUAGAUAAAGCGGAGGAAUUCUGUAAUAGGAAUUUUAGUAGCGAGGAAGAGCCAGAAGAGAGAGAAACGAGAAGAGGGAGAGCUAAGAUUAACAACUGCAGAAAAGAAGGAAAUGCAGAUUAAAGAGAGAGAGAUGGGGAAAGAAGGACAAAUAGAAAAUAAUGAGGGAAGACUUAAUGAACCAAGAGAAACCAGAUCAACACAGGCGACAAGAUCCAGAUACAAGUAGAGAAAGGCAGUAAGAGAUUAAGAUUCUACCCUUGAACAUUCAUGGCCUGAAUUCCCCUCCUAAAAAGAAUUUUUUUUAACAAAUUAAAUAAAAUGAAUUUGGAUAUAAUAGUAGUACAAGAAGUUCAUAUAAAGAAUAAAAAUGAACAAUUAUUGGUAUACCCCAAACAGGGAAAGAUGUUUGCAUCACUUUCGCAAUACAAAAAAAGAGGGGUAGUGUUUUAUGUUGAGAGGAUUUCGGCUAAACAAAUAUACAAAGAUGACGAGGGUAGGAUCUUAAUAAGAGAGGUAAUCUUAAAAUCACAAACUGGUUAUACUUGUAGGAAUUUAUGCCCCAAAUGAGGGGCAAGAACAAUUUCAUAGGAAAUUACAUAAUAUAAUCGGGACGAUAGAAGGAGAUAAUAUCUGCAUCUUGGGGGACUUCAACGCUAUAGUCGACAGAAAAUUAGACCAUAAAAGCGAUAAAGCAAGAAAUAGAAAAAUACUACCUAAAUGGCAGAGGAGUUAAGUAUACAGGAUAGUUGGAGAGAGCGAAAUCAAGGGAAAAAUCAAUUUAUAUAUUAUUUGAACAGACACAAAUCGUGGUCCAGAAUUGAUAUGGCUUGGGUGUCAACAGAAUUAAAUCCAGAAGUGGGGGAAGUGGAAAUAGGCAGACCAUAACCCAAUAACCCUGGGCAGACCAUAACCCAAUAGGAAUUAGGUGGACCCAACAGAAAACUAUACAAAUGAUACACAAUACUUAAUACUACACAUAUUAACAGCAGCACGUAUAGCUUACGCGCAAAAUUGGAAGAAGGAGAACCUACCAACAGAAGAACAUUUAAUUAAGAAAAUCCUAGAAUGUGCAGAGAUGGAUAAACUCAUCGAAGAAAAAGAUACAGAAUAUUAUAAGGUCUGGUGUAGAUGGUAUGAAUGGUUGGAAAACAGGAAAGAGACGAAAAUUGAAUAACGGUAAAAUGUAGAGGAAAUAAAGGAAUAUAGAUAAUAUAAAAGUAGAAUAAGGUAGAAUUAAAAUAUGUGUAAAUAGUAAGAAAGGACCGCUUUGAAUAGCUGAUAAGAAACAGUGAGAUGUAUAUAAAUGUUGUAUGUUUGUCUUGCGUUUUAAUGUGUUCGAAAUAAAAAACUUUUAAAGAUCAAUAGAUAGAUAGAUAGAUAGAUAGAUAGAUAGAUAGAUAGAUAGAUAGAUAGAUAGAUAGAUAGAUAAAUAAAUAAGGAAUUAGGUGGAAUGGACAAAAGAAAAUGACUAGAUGGACCCAAAAGAGAUCAAUUCUAAAACAUGAAGAAUUUAGGCUGAAGAUGGAAGAACAAAUGUGUUUGUUCUUUCAAGAAAAUUAAAAAAGACACGAAUAUUUAAAACCUAUGGGAUACUGCAAAGGCAUUUAUGAGAGGCAUUGCAAUUGUAUAUAUGGCCAAAGAAAAUAAAAAGAAAAAACAAUGACAGAGAAAUUUAGAGGCGGAAUAUAGAAAACUAGCGACACAAUUACAAAAGGAACCCCAAAGA